GUUGAGGAAAGUUCUCUAGGUCUUCACAACAUGUUUUAGGAGAUACAUAAGGAACAGAAGCAUACUGUAAACGAUUGUGGAUUACCAGUCUUGACCUCAUUACUUUCUCUCCCCCAGAUAUUAAUCACUUAGUAUUUGAAGCUGAUGUGUCCUGAAGCUGCAGGAAAAUGGAGGAAACCAACAACAGCUCUGAAAAGGGGUUUCUUCUCCUGGGAUUUUCAGAUCAGCCUCAGCUAGAGAGGUUUCUCUUUGUCAUCAUUUUGUUCUUCUACAUCUUGAGCCUUCUGGGGAACACUGCCAUCAUACUAGUGUCUCGUCUGGACUCCAGACUCCACACUCCGAUGUACUUCUUCCUCAGCAACCUCUCGUGUGUGGACAUCUGCUUUACCACCAGUGUUGCCCCACAGUUGCUGGUUACCAUGAAUAAGACAGACAAAACCAUGAGCUACGGUGGCUGUGUGGCCCAGCUCUACGUGGCCAUGGGCUUGGGCUCGUCUGAGUGCAUCCUCUUGGCUGUCAUGGCUUAUGACCGCUAUGCUGCUGUCUGCCGGCCACUGCACUACACAGUCAUGAUGCACCCGAGACUCUGUGUGUCUCUGACCAGUGUAGCAUGGCUCUGCGGCCUCAUUACCUCCCUGGUUCAGUGCUCCCUCACUGUGCAGCUGCCUCUCUGUGGUCAUCGCAAACUGGAUCACAUUGUCUGUGAGGUGCCAGUGCUCAUCAAACUGGCCUGUGUGGAUACGACUUUCAAUGAGGCAGAACUCUUUGUGGCCAGUGUAGUCUUUCUAGUAGUCCCGGUGUUACUCAUCUUAGUCUCCUAUGGCUUUAUCACCCAAGCUGUGUUAAGGAUACAAUCAGCUGCGGGGCGCCAAAAGGCCUUUGGGACCUGUUCCUCUCACCUGGUUGUGGUCAUCGUUUUCUAUGGGACCAUCAUAUUCAUGUACCUUCAACCGGCCAAUAGUAGAUCCAAAAACCAGGGAAAGUUUGUUUCUCUUUUCUAUACCGUAGUCACCCCCCUUUUAAACCCCAUUAUCUACACUCUGAGAAACAAAGAUGUGAAAGGGGCCUUGAGGACCCUGAUGCUGGGAAAUGCUAUUGGACAAAGCCACGGGAACUAGUGAAACACCUGGAAUUCAAUGAAGUGAAACACGCCAAGGCCGAGUGAGGGUUCAUUCUCCCCAGGCAUUCCUCUUGUCAAUCCCAGGACACUAGGUUCAAUCUAGAAAAAAACGGUUGUCCUUUACUCCACCUGCCAUCAAGGUUCAUGUAUCCAUUAUUUCUAUCUAAUGUGCCGGCCCAUCUGAUAAACUUCUAGUGCUUCAAAGCUCAGCUGAAAUGUCACCUGCAUUCCCUAGCUGUCCUGAAACACCAUCCUUCUCAUCCUUCUGCAGAAUUAAGUGUUUCAUAUGUUUCCAUAGCACUUGAUACACACUGCCAUUUCUACAGUUACACAGUUUAUAUAGUUUGUGUGCAUCUACAUGUGUGUGUGUGUGUAUAUAUAUAUGUGACUAGGCAAAGCAAUGUAUAUAAUGUAGAUAACAAUGAAAAACAAUGAAAAAAUAUAUGACCAUUUUCCCAGAAUAUGUAAGUUUUAACCAGAGAAUGUACCAUCCCACUCUACUGGCUUAUUUACAACAUGAGAAACAAUAAUUAUUCAGUGUUGUGAUGCUUUGUUUCCACAGAAUUGCGGGAUGCAAAUAAUGACUAAUAUUUUAUUAAAA